AUGAGCGUUUUCAAACUGAAGAACCGAGUGCGCUGCUUUGCGAUUGCCAAUGCGAUGCAUUCAGCACCUUUUUCGAGUCCUAAAGAGUUACUUCACAGUGACCGUCGCAGCAUGUCUCAAUCGUGCAAUUGGAUUCAAAAACCAAAAAUGACUAUGUUGUUUUUGUUGAAGGCUAACAAGGCACUUUUGUGUAACGUAAAAUCGAUUUUUACGUGUCUUGAUUCAACUCUUCGAUGCGUUUCCUCUUUCUUUUUCUCUUUGAACCAUUUCAUAUCUUGUAAGUACACUCUUUUUGAGAAUUUAUCAAUAAAUGGAAACAAUUCUUUCAUAUUAAGCAAAGUAUGCAUUGUUUAUCCAUUUUGUGUGCCUUGUACCGAAGAAUGUAAUUUGGCAGGAAGAAAGAGUAGCAGUCUGCCAAAAUCUUUAUCAGUUUUGAUAAGUUGCAGCCCUCGAACGAACCCUAAUGACGUUGCUCAUUUCGAUUAA